UGCGUGUGCCAAAAGAGUAUUUUCGCUUCAUGGUUUCCCUGGAUCGGAAGUUUUCUGAAUAACUACCGAGAGGUUAUCUGUUGGAUUUGCCAGUGGACGGUUUCUCGAUAAUAUCUGAACUCUCUUCCGGUGUUGGGCGACGUCCUCUUUUUUUACCCUCGAAAGGAAAUGGCAUCCUUUGCCACUUUUCCAACUGUGUCGAAUACAAGUUGCUCCCUAAAGGACUGGUUAGGCCUUUUCCCCACCCAGCUAACCCGUGAUGGCACGCCAGAAAAAGCUGGUUCAGGUCAUAGAGGGUUCAUCAGAGAUGGACUUCUUCAGUGAAUACGGUGAUGCUAACAGAUACAAAAUCCAAGAGGUCAUUGGCAAAGGAAGUUAUGGCGUUGUUUGCUCAGCUGUUGACCAACAUACUGGCGACAAAGUGGCAAUCAAGAAAAUACACAAUAUCUUCGAGCACUUAUCUGAUGCUGCACGGAUCCUACGUGAGAUCAAACUACUUCGGCUAUUACGCCAUCCUGAUAUAGUUGAGAUCAAGCAUAUAAUGCUGCCUCCAUCAAGGAGGGACUUCAAAGAUAUCUAUGUUGUAUUUGAGCUGAUGGAUACAGAUCUCCACCAAGUCAUCAAGGCAAAUGAUGAUUUAACCAGAGAGCAUCAUCAGUUCUUUCUCUAUCAGAUGCUCCGUGCACUGAAAUACAUUCAUACUGCUAAUGUUUAUCAUCGUGAUUUGAAGCCAAAGAAUAUAUUGGCCAAUGCUAACUGUAAACUUAAAAUAUGUGAUUUUGGAUUGGCAAGAGUGGCAUUCAAUGACACUCCUACAACAGUAUUCUGGACGGAUUAUGUUGCUACAAGAUGGUAUAGGGCCCCUGAACUGUGUGGAUCUUUCUUUUCUAAGUAUUCACCAGCUAUUGACAUAUGGAGUAUCGGUUGCAUUUUUGCGGAAGUCUUAACUGGGAAGCCUUUGUUUCCUGGAAAAAAUGUGGUCCACCAGUUGGAUUUGAUGACUGAUCUCUUGGGUACUCCAUCACUUGAUACAGUUUCUCGAAUUCGGAAUGAGAAGGCAAGGAGGUAUUUGAAUAGCAUGAGGAAAAAACAGCCAGUAUCAUUUCCCGGAAGGUUCCCUAAAGCAGAUCCUGCCGCGCUCAAACUUUUGCAGAGGCUUUUGGCAUUUGAUCCCAAGGAUAGGCCAACUCCUGAAGAGGCAUUGGCUGAUCCGUAUUUUAAAGGCCUCGCGAAAGUAGAGAGAGAACCAUCAUGCCAGCCAAUAACAAAAAUGGAGUUCGAGUUUGAGCGAAGAAAGGUGACCAAAGAGGAUGUCAAGGAACUUAUAUUCAGGGAGAUAUUAGAGUAUCAUCCUCAACUUCUCAAGGAUUACAUGAAUGGAACUGAGAAAACAAACUUUAUAUAUCCUAGUGCUGUUGACAAUUUCCGAAGGCAAUUUGCUAACUUGGAGGAAAAUGGAGGAAAGAGUGUGGCGCACACCGCUUCAUCAGACAGGAAGCAUGUUUCGCUCCCAAGGACAACCACAGUUCAUUCUAAUCCAAUCCCUCCAAAUGGAACCUCCCAAGUUCCCCGAAAGAUUCCCACAGGUAGACCAGGAAGAGUGGUUGGUUCAGUAAUACCAUUUGAGAACGCAACUGCUGUUGAUCCAUACAGCCAACGCAGGGUGGUGAGGAAUCCAGUGCUUCCUCCAGCCACCUCAAACCUGUCAGCAUACACCUAUCACCGGAAGUCAGACAACUCAGAUGGAGAACUCCAACAGGAGCUGGAAAAGGACCGCAUGAAGUACCAGCCAGCACAGCGAUUCAUGGACAGCAAGCUAGUAUCACACAUGUCCCCUGACCUGAGGUCUUCCUACUACAUACCAAAAGCUUUCCCAAAAGCCGACGCGGCAGAUAGAGCUGCUUUGCAUUCAAACAUGAUUCAUGGAAUCGCCCCUUUUAGUGGCAUCGCUGCUGCAGGUGGAGGUGGCUACAACAAGGUUAAUGGGGUUCAGUAUGGAGUUUCUAGGAUUUACUAGUUCUAGUUGCAUUGACCAUCUCCAGAACACCUGAUCUGAGUUGAAGUAAUAACAUGGCGAACAGUGAAAAGAUUUAGGUGCCAAAGAACUGCCAUGUUGACUCCGAGCCGAAGAUACGGAGCAUGAAGAGUAUGGUCUCCGAUCUCGGAUCAAGGAGGAAGUGUGACGUCAGAUUGAAAAACAGAUAAUAUUGGGCAACAGUCAUGGUUCUGUUCAUUGGACAUAGCUUUUCGGAAAGCAAUGCCAUCACCCCGCGGCAACGGUAAAAUAAAAGGAGAGAAAAAAAGGCAGUGCCGUCAGUUGGUUGCUGCUUAUAAGAGUCAAAGGGGAGCAGAGACAAUUAUUACAUGGAAAAUUAUGUACUUUGCAAGAACGGAAACAUUGGGGAAUAAAAAAUAGUUAGUCUACGUUUACCUCUCUGUAUAUAAAAAAAGUGACUUGAUUUUAUGUAUUACGGCUGGUGAGACCCGCUUCUUUAAUUCAAAGCUGUGAAGUUUUGGCCUAUAUUUUGCUCUAUAAUAAAGUUCAGAUUGGUACA